GGUUGCAUUUGAAUUAACUUUGGGGUAUAAAAGUCAAGGGUGUCAAACGAAAGCCAGUAAAACUAAGUUUGAGGUUGCAAUGUUUUAACACACAACAGUUUUUGCCAGACACUAUUAUUUAUGCAAAAACAUUUUUAUAAAAUCAUCCCCAAUAUCAACUUCAGAAAAUGAAAAUAUUUAAGGAGCUUUAAACUCGGAACGUCUUUAGUCUAUGAUAAGUUGGAUUGACCCUCAUUUAAAGACUAAAAGGGUCUGGAUUGGAUCCCCGACUCUCCACGCCUUAUGGGUAGUGGUCGUGCAGGAUAUAAAUAGGAGUGCACCCUGCUGUAAACCAGUUGGACGAAGUCGAGAUGGUUUCGUUAGUGUGGAAGGUGGUGGUCUUUGGUAUCCUGGCGGUGGGAUCUCAGGGCUCUCUCCCACAGCCCCGGUCACAGCGUCGGGUGUCCCUAGGGCGCUAUGACCGAUCAGAGAACUUAGCAUCGAUCCCAGGGACGUCUGUAGAGGCGCAGAGUGAGGAGCGCUUUCAGGAAGUCCGGCGGGGUGACCAGAGAAGCGUCCUGCUGCAGCGGGGCGCGCGGAAAGAUGCCGACAUCUACCUGAGGCACGAGGGACUGAGAGACGACGCAGCAACAAGAACUAAUUGCAAAAAUCGCCCUAUUGACCUGGUUUUCAUCAUAGACAGUUCCCGCAGUGUGCGCCCUGCUGAAUUUAAAAAGGCCAAGGAGUUCCUGCAGGCCAUGGUGGACAGCCUGGUUAUUGGCAGAGAUGCCACUCGUGUCGGCCUCGUUAAUUAUGCGAGCACAGUCAAAAUUGAGUUUCUCCUCAACACUUUUUUUGACAAAUCCUCUGUGAUGCAGGCACUCGGCCAAGUUGAGCCCUUAGCUUCAGGCACCAUGACGGGCAUGGCCAUCAGGACCGCCAUGGAGAAAGCCUUCACCAAGGAGGCCGGGGCCAGAUCCGCUUCCAUGAACAUUGCUAAGGUGGCUAUUAUAGUGACUGAUGGGAGACCUCAGGACAAGGUGGAGGAGGUGUCAGCCACAGCCAGAGCAUCUGGGAUUGAAAUCUAUGCAGUGGGAGUUGACAGAGCUGAUAUGGCUUCCCUGAAACUUAUGGCCAGCCAGCCACAUGAUGACCAUGUCUUCUAUGUGGAGACCUAUGGUGUGAUCGAGAAGCUUACGUCUAAGUUUAGGGAAACUUUGUGUGGUUUGGAUCCAUGUGAUCAAGGACACAACUGCCAGCAUAUUUGUGUCAACAGUGGUGACUCGUACAUCUGCAAGUGUCGCCCUGGCUACAUCCUGAAUCCAGACAAGAAAACAUGCUCACGUGCAGAUGCUUGUACCCAGGGACAUGACUGCCAGCAUAUUUGUGUCAACACCCGUGACUCGUACAUGUGCCAGUGUAGAACUGGAUACGUGUUGAACACAGACAAGAAAACAUGCUCACGUAUGGAUGCAUGUUCUUCAGAACAUAACUGCCAACAUAUUUGUGUCAAAAGUGGAGAUUCUUAUGUUUGUAUGUGUCGCAAAGGAUAUUUGUUGAACGCAGACAACAAAACGUGCUCACGUUCUGAUCCAUGUGCCCUUCGACACGAUUGCCAUCAUAUUUGCGAAAAUAGUGAUGCAUCAUAUGUCUGCAAGUGUCGGGCGGGAUAUGUGUUAAAUACAGACCAGAAAACGUGCUCACGUUCUGAUCCAUGUUCUCAUGGACAUGAUUGUCAGCACAUCUGUGUAAACAGUGAUGCUUCAUACAUGUGCAAAUGUCAAGUGGGAUAUGUGUUGAAUCCAGAUAAAAAAACAUGCUCACGCUCAGACGCAUGUUCUCAGGGACAUGACUGCCAGCAUAUAUGUGUCAACAGUGGAAGCUCAUAUGUCUGCAAGUGUCGGCUGGGAUAUUCGCUCAACAUGGACAGGAAGACAUGCUCACGUUUGGAUGCAUGUAUUCAGGGACACGACUGCCAGCAUAUCUGUAUCAACAACGGUGUUUCUUACAACUGCAAGUGUCGAAUAGGAUACAUGCUAAAUUCAGACCAGAAAACAUGUUCACAGGAAAUGAGGAGUGAAAUUUCAGAAGAUGCCUGCAUGUGCGAAGCUCAAAUUGUGUUCCAGAAAAAAGUGCAGUCAGCCAUUCAAGAGCUCACCUGGAAAAUUUCUGAACUUUCAGACAAAGUAAACGACAUUGAAGGCACAUUCCAACAUUGAGAACAAAGAGGAACUAGAGGAAAAAUGUCAGCACUUUUAUUCCAAUCAGUGUUAUCAUGUUCUGUAAAAGUUUUAAUUUCCUAAAGUCUGAAAAUCUGCAUUGUGUUUUUAAUGUUACAACAAAUUGCUCUGGUGCUGUGUUUCUGAUAAACUUACAUUGAUGGCAACUGUGGUGUAAUUGCCCACAUUUAACAAAAGAGAACUCAACAGGACUGUGUUUAUGUCUUCUUAUAUAAACCAGUUAAAAGUUAGAUAAUUUGCUUUGAUUCCUAAAAGCAGGCCAAGUUUUUUGGUUUGUUUUAGCAAACAAAAAAAAUAGUUGAACUCCCUGGUGAAAUAGUUCAGGGAGUUCAAAUGUGACUCAGACUUGGCCCAGUUUUCUUGGCAACAAUGCUUUUAAUUAGAGAUUAUGUCAAGCUAAAGGUUUUGAGAAUGUAUUUUCUAUAAACAGUUAUCUUAUUUUAUUUUCUGCCUUUGUGUGUCUACAUUUGAAUGACGUAUUUUGGUGCUUUUUGAAAUAGAAAACAGUUAUUAUUUGCAUGUUUUCUAAUGGGAACGGCUGCAUAAAAUAAACUUUUAUGACUCAACGUUUUCCACACAACUGUCUUCACUCUUAUAAAGGCAUAGUCUUUGUAUCACUGUUGAUACUUAUUGCUACUUUUCUAUGUGAUCAAAAGUGAUGACUUCAUUAACAAAAUUAGGAUAUUUUCAUGAAUACAUGUUUUAUGUAACAAGUGUAUUGUUAUUUGAGAGGCACAUUGCUUCGAAUAAGCAAUGUAGUGCUUAUUCAAACUAUAAAUUACAUUGUAUUUUACUAGGAUUUUAUUUGUUAGACCAACACAUGACAGUGAAAUGAAAACAAAGAUAUUAAUACAUGGCUUUUAUUGUCUUACAGCUAACAAGCUGAAAAGUGUAAAAUGCACUGUGACCCUUUCUUCUGACAAUCUAAAAUAAAAUCAGGUGCAAU